CCACCGUAUGCAACGAGGGUUGUUUGCUUGGCUAGUGAAAUCCGUCUCCGACUGUGCUGUACAUCCCUGGCGCGUAUCUGUGACUCCGUGCCCGAUACUGUAGGCACGUCUAGCUAUGGUUUCCGAUUCCGACCGAUAACGCGAGUCCGUUUACGACUUCACCUUCCUGGUGUUUGAGCUUUGCGUUGCUGGUUCCAUAAAUAGAAGAGAGGAGCGCAUCGAAGAGGACAAGCUAGCUCGAGUUCCUGAUUUCGACCUUUUCCGUUCCCGACCAGCAAAUUCGAGGACCCUCGCCUCGGGCCAGCGCGCGGGUACCUAGCUACCACAGAAAGCCAGUUCGGCGAUCCGCCUUCGAAGCACCGGAGGCAUGAAGCUUCGUCCGGCCGUCCUCGGCCUCCUCCUUCUCCUCGUCCUUGUUCUAAACCCCAAUGGCGCGGAGGCCCGGCCUGCCCCUGCUGGCGGCCAUCCUCAGAAGAAGCUGUCGAGCUACAGCUUCUUCGUCUUCGGGGAUGACUUCGUCGACAACGGGAACCUCCCUCUAACAGACCCCGUCACCCAGAUGUCGCGGCAAUGGGCCUACCCCUACGGCUCCUCCUACGUUGACGCCGAUGGAAACCCGCGACCAAAUACUCCGUCGGGACGCUUCUCCAACUACCAAAUCCAAUCCGAUUUCAUGGCAACGAUCUUGGGGCUCGAGGAAGCACCUCCGGCGCAUGCUCUGACGGCGGAGAAAACCUGUGACCCGUCAGGCAUGACCUUCGCCUAUGCUGGCGCUGGCGUAUUGGAUAGCUCGUCGACGCACAAGGUCCCCACCCUUGCCAAGCAGGUCGACACUUUCAGGAAGAUGGUCAACGACGGGAUCAUCUCUGAGCAGCAGCUCAGUCGCUCAGUGGCCCUCGUGGCCGUCUCCGGCAACGACUACCGCGGGAGCUCCAGCAACAUUGGCCUAAGCACCCCCAACGAUAUCAAUGCUUAUAUUGGGAGGGUGACAAAGGAGAUCGCAGCCAACGUGGAGCAAUUGCAGAAGCUAGGGAUGACAAAGGUUGUCGUCAAUAACUUGCACCCCGUCGGAUGCACACCAUUGCAAACACGGACUAACAACUACACCGCCUGCGACGUCUUUGGAAAUUUGGGUGCAUCCGUCCAUAACAGUAACCUCAAACAAACGAUGGAGGGCAAGAAAAAUGUCCACGUUGCCGACCUCUACACCGCCUUCAGUAAUAUUGUGGAUACAGCCCCAGGUAAAGGCCAGGAGCUAUCUAAACAAUUCAAGCGCAAGCUUUCGCCGUGCUGCGAAAGUUUUGAUUCAAACGGUUACUGCGGACAACAAGGCGAUUCCUCGGAGCUUCUCUACACUGUGUGCGACAAGUCCAAUAAGUUUUUCUACUGGGAUGACAUGCACCCUACACAUACAGGGUGGGAGGCAGUGAUGAAGCAAUUGGAAAAGCCCUUGAGAGAGUUUGUUGUUCAAGACUAG